GGAAAGAGUAGCCGCUAGAGCUAGGAACCUUUCACUCUAAUUUGUACUGUGUCAAAAUGCUUUUUGCGUGUAUCCUUCCUUUUGAUGACAAUUUCUUUCCAAUAGUCUUGAAACUCUAUUUGAUUGCCGCCAUACGGUUUGUUGGGAAGCCUCUCCGAGGUAUUCGAUACAUCAUGUGAGUUGGUGAGUGUGAGCGUGAGUGUGAGAGGGACGGAAGAGUCCGAACAGUUUGUUGUCCUGCGUGGCGGCUUGUGUAGAAGUGCACAGGGCUUAAUCGGUCUAGGGGCUGUGCUCACUGUGCAGCACGGCGUGGAUCAGGGCUGACAGGAAGUGGUACGUGGGGACCUCUAGUUCCUGAGCUUUGUUUCUAUAGGAUGUGAGCUCGCAUCCCAUGGAAAUCUGGGAAAGAAAGAAAGGUCGAUGGAAAAAGCAAAGUUCGUCGUAGGUUUCUGGUAUAGUUGAGUUAAUCCAGGUUCGCAAGCAAGGCUCUCUCCGUAUCGUGUAUGUGUAUGUGUGUGUGUGUGUGUGUCAGCAGCUAGCAGGGCAGGACGAGGGUAGCAGAGGCAACGGAAACGGACUUUCGGGCAUCGCACCCUUCUUUUAUAUACAUCCUUCUAGAAUCGCACUAUCGAUCGUACCUCUGCCAGUAAUUGUGUGGAUUCGAUAUUGGACGGUUACUUUUCCUGGCAUGGUCAGACUGCGUACAUCUGUACAUCUAUACUCCCCAAAAGACUGAACGACCCGUGGACGCGCAAGACAUACCGAGUAAAAGGCUACUUGCACAUACACAUUAUAGCGCAACACAACACAACUAUCUGCAGUCAUCCUUCCGCGCUCUUCAUUUCUCCUGCAGACACAGACCUCACCGUCACUCAUUCGAAGUGCUACCGUGCCAGCGUACAUGAUUACUUGCGCAAUCGUUCAAUUUGUUGUUUUCACUAAUAUAUAAAUUUGAUCGCUACGUUCUUUGUAUUCCAUACAGUGUUGCGGAUUGAGAUUUCGUCAUUUGGGAGGAGGGACUGGAUUAGAUACUACGGAGACGGGCUCCAAUAUUACGCACAUCUCCUUCGAUUGAUCGAUUGAAAGCGAACACAACCCCACGACCCCGAAUACUACUGGCGCAAGAUUCGUUGAUAGAGAAAGAUUAAUACAAGCGGAAGUGGGAGUGGAAGCGGAGAGGCCUCUGCGCGAAACGGUCGGGCUGGGAGACGGUUUAUGAAUUAGGUCAUCCCGUCCUUGGUCAAGUGGUGUGUAUGGGAUAUAUAUACGAACUAUUCGAAGCUAUAUUCAUUACUCGCGAGCUACGCUCGUAAGCUCCCGCCCACAUGUCGGACGAUUUUGCGGCUCCCAUAAAGGGUAUUAUAAAGGCACUAGAUGCGGGGAUAAAGUUAACGAAGAGGGUUGCGAGAUCUGCGAGCGAUGGGCCGAGUAAUUUAAUUUAUAUAUCGGAGUUGGCACAAAAUUUACAGAAGAAUUUGGAAAAGACUAGUCAGGCUAUUGCGGAUGCUUAUAGAGAUGCUGUAGGAUCCUAUGGUGAAGAUUUUGCUAAGGCGUUGAUGGAGGAUGAAUCUAUUCAAAAUCGAUUGAAAGAGGUUAAGAUUGAUCUGAGGGAUCAAAUUGAUGAAUGCCAGGAUUUCGACGAAAAUCUCGAAUCUUUCCAAGCGUCAGCUUUCACAAAUGUCAAACAACAGUCGAAAAGAUGUCGGACAGAAUGUACUUUUAUUUUCAACAAUCUUCGGGAUCGGAUAGAUCAGACGGAUCGUCAUCACUUUCGGAUGGAAGAUAGAUCACCCCCAUUGAGUCCUGCACACAUACCGAUUAUGGAACAAUCUCCUCGACGACCACCGGCAACAUGUCCUAUGGAUAUUGCUUCUCCACCCUAUUCAUCGCUGCCCCCCCAAAUUGAUAGGCAAAUUGUCGAUAAUAAAGUUUCGUUAUCUGAUCCUCCAAGGAAGUCUCCCAAGAAGGAAGAUCCAUGGAGUUUGAGUGGACCGUAUUUCGAUGUUGGACCAAGGACUCCUCCUCGUGGCCCAUCCCCAGAACCAAAUUAUCGAGAAUCGAUACAAGCUACACCCCCUCCCAAAUAUGGAUAUGAAACACCACCUUCCAAGCAAAUAUUAAUAGCUAAAGAGCUGGUAUUUCAACGACUUAAUGCGAAUGAGGAAUUUCUGGAACGGAGAAAACAGUCUCGUAUGUCAUUCCAUAACGAAAUGCGGAAAUCAGUCUCCUCGAUAGAAGAGAAUAGGGCAAGCGAAACUUUCAGCGAUGGAUCGAUGCUUACGUCUCCUUGGUCUUCAUAUUCAUCAGCAAGUAGUCCGAUAGAGAGGCAUAGUUCUAGAGGAAGUGGAUAUGAUGAUCUGAUAGGACGGAAAAGAAGUCAAGGUCAGACUUCUCAAGGAGGAAGUUCGAGGAAUGGAUCAUUACGGGAUCGAGAUGCUACACCUGCAUCCUCAAGUACGACGAAGCCUGAUAAUGAAUAUUUCCCUGCUUCCUCAUUGAAACCUCCGACGCCAAUCUCAGCGACGCCAGCGAGUCCCGGUAUUAGCGAAUAUCAACCUUCAGAAUCAGGAAUUUCAUUAUGGUUGAAAAGUCCAGUUAGUCCACCAACGUCUGAAAUACAUGAUCCAGCUUCGUGGGGUAGACUUGCGCCUGCGACCACAACUCCGACAUCUACUACAUCCUUAGCUACCACGUUACAACUACCUGGCUUCGGUAAUGGAGUUGAAGAUGGAUUAGAAGUUGUUCCCGUUAUCGAAAGCGGUUUGGAAGUUGUACCAACUGAAGAUCCCGAACCAGUACCAAUACAACCUUUGAAUCCCAUUCCAGAAAAUCGAAGUCAAAGUCAAUUAGCAAUGCACAGAGCCACUCCUUCAAUAAAAAGCAUGGAUUGUCCUAUGAGGCAUGAUAGUUCGUUUUAUAAGUUCGAUGGAUUUUGUCCGGGGGCUAAAGCAAUGAUUAGAGGGGAAACUGGAUUUAAAGUCGUUAAGAGACCUUCGGAUCAGGGCCAUUAUAGUGCUACUCUGAGUGCGAGAUGUAUUAAAUGUGCCUAUGAGGUUGGGUGGAAUGAUGUGGAAAAGGAUAGAUUACUUGAUCGCUCUGGUAUAUAUUCCAACACCGGUAUUCGAUGGCGUCAACGAUUUAUUUCAAAAUGUCAUCUGAAAACUUCUUCAGUGGACGAUCCCAUCUACGGUUGUAUAUUCUGUAUUGAAGAUCACCGCACAGUUGAAGAACACGAUGCAACCGUUUUCUUCAGCGUAACAUCCCUAUUUCGUCACCUAGCCCGUCAUCCUCGUCCACUUCCUCAAGUAACAGGUAUUACAACUGUCUACGGAAUUCAACCUCCUUCAGUCCUCGAUUUCGAUAUCCAAUUCACCAUCCACGAACCUAAAUUUUCUCCCUAUUGCAUGUCUGAGAUCGCGUCCAAAGUAGCAUCUCGUCCCACCGCUCACGCAAUAACAACCCAUCAUCCAAAACCUGUCUCCAAAACUUUCUACGAUCCUGACAGGCAACAAAGUAUGCAUUUUGCAGACGGUGCGAAAAUUGUAGGGAUAACAUUUCCGCAACGCUUUGGAGGUAGUUGGUGUAUAGGAUAUCAUGACGGCGAACGAGGAUCUUUUCCCGCAAAUACUGUUUCUUUCCUGUCGCCACCGCGAGAUGAAGUAAAAAUGAAUCCACAGAGUUCUCUCCAAGCUGUUGCGAAAUGGGAUUGGAAACCCAAAGAUAAGGAAGAAGGGUGGCUCAAGUUUUCGAAAGGAGAGAGAAUAUAUAGUGUAGGGUAUGCAUGGCAAGAUCAAUGGUGUUGGAGUGGUUGUACUAGUAAAGGAAAAUGGGGACUUUUCCCGAGUAGUUUUGUGGAGGAUUUAAUAAGUACGGAUUCUUCAUCUGGUAAUGCUAAAGCAUCGAAGAUAUUGGGCACGGAUAUUGAGAAAAAAGAAAGAGGUGGAUUAGGUGCAGCUUUUGGAUUCUCGGGAGGAAAAGGGAGGAUGGUUAGUUUUCCUUCUAGUUUGAGUAGGAAUAGGAGUGCGAGAGGACCACAAAGUCCGGUGCAGAAAGAGGGAGAGGCGUUGAGGGAAAGAAGUGGGAGUUCGUUGAGUGGGUUGAUGGGAUAUGGACAUCGGAGGGCGGCGAGCGUGCGGAGUAAUGGGAGUACGGCGAGUACGCCUAGUAGUCCGUUAGCAACUGUGCAGUCGGGGUUAGAGGUGGAUGUGGGGAUGAGACCAGGGACUUCGGGAGGAGAUGGAGGUUUAGGUGGUGGGAGUAGGAAUAGAGGGAAUAGUGGAAGUGUAGGAUCUGCUUCGAAGGGAGCGACGGGGAGUGUGAAUAGAGGGAGUAAUGGGAGUAUGAGUGGAGGAACACUUGGGAGUAGUUGGUUAAGAAGUUAGGGGUUGGUGGUGGAUAAAAGGGAGGGGGGGAUCCCAACUAUGACUAUGAUAAUAACGACAUAUACACACACACACACAUACUCGCAAAUAUGAAUAUGAAUAUGAAUACCAAUACAGAAAUAAGCGCAAACGCAAACGAAAAGAAAGAAGAGGAAAUUCCUGAACGCUCUGGGUGAUGUGGGAUGGAGUUUUGGAUGGAUGGAUGGAUGGAUGGAUGAAUGGUUUGAGUUCGAUGGGGUUUGCAGGGCUGGAACGGAGAACGGAGAAUGGAGAAAUGGAUUUGUAUUUGGAUUUGGAUUGGGAUUUGAUUGGGAUUUGAUUGGGAUUUGAUUGGGAUUUGGCUUUGAUUUGGGAUACCAUUGUAGUUGUUUAUAUUACAUUUAUUAGGAGUACAGUUUUACUUUUACCUCUUAAAUGGGUUUUUUAAUUCUAUUCUUAGUUUGACUUGUUGAGUUGAGUUGAGUUGAAUUGUGAGUAUCGAGAAGUGAGUAUUGAGUAUUGAGUAUUGAGUAUUGAGAAGUGAGAAGUGAGAAGUGAGUAAAUGAGUAAAUAAGUACAAUCA